UUAUAUAAAAUGCAGAAUAUAAUCACUCGAUAUAUAAAACAAAAUCUAAUUUGUCCAAGAUAUGUGCUGCAGUGCUUUUUUAGAAAUCCAAGUCCAGAAUCGAAGAUAGAAGAUACUUUAGACUCGAAAAAAUGUCACUUUCCAAGCCCAGCAAUAUUAUUUAUAGUUUGGUUGGCGCAUAUUUCCAGCGACUCUACACCAGUCCCUUGAAAACGAAAGCUCUAACUAGUUGUAUCAUUGCAGCCCUUGGGAAUAUAGCAUCUCAGAAAUUGACCGGUGCUAGACAGCUUAAUGAAGACAGUGUCCUUGCCUUCGCUUUGUUUGGCCUAUUCUUUGGAGGACCAGUGCCUCAUUAUUUUUACACAUUUGUGCCACUACUCACGAGACAUCCUCUGGGAAUAUUAUUGAUAGAGAGACUCCUUUAUACACCAUGUUUCCAGGCACUUGCACUUUAUAUGCUUGCCAUCUUCGAGGGUAAAUCUCAUCGGAUGGCAACCAUUCAGAUGCAAAAAUUAUAUUUACCAAUGUUAACAGCUAAUUUAAAAUACUUGACGCUGUUCCAAUUUAUCAACAUAAAAUAUGUUCCACCAAUGUUGAGGGUCUUAAUGGUGAAUCUUGUCGGUUUUGUAUGGGUUAUUUAUCUUGCAAAUAAGAGAGCGAAAGCUUCAAAAGAAAAGUAGAAAAAUACAAUUUACUGCAAUUGCAUUGUUAUAGAUAUUUAUAGUAACUAUGGUGUACAAAUAUGGUGAUGUGCCUUUUUUAUAUGUACCAGGUAACGUUUAUAAUGACUUUUAUCAAUCAGAGCUAAAGUAUUUUAAACAAAUAAUGUAUGCUAACAAUACUCAUUAUUUGUACAAAACGAACAAUACAUUCCAUUGUUAUAAUUUGUUAAUGUUUGUCUAAGAAAUGUACAGAAUAUAUUGAUCUAUCAUGUACAUUGAAA